AUGCAGAUCACCAGUGUUAUGCUCAGCCUUGCCAGUCUCGGCCUGAACGUUCUUCCUGUUCAGGCCGGGCCUAUUCCUGGCGCUGAAGCUGCUCUGGCGGCGCGCCACGUCUAUUCUCCCGAUGUUGACGAAGCUCCUGUUGAGAAGCGCCAUGUCUACUCUCCUGAUGUAGAUGAGGCCCCUGUCGCUAAGCGCCACGUCUACAGUGUCGACAAGGACGAGACCGUCGAGAAGCGCCACGUCUACUCGCCUGAUGUAGAUGAGGCCCCUGUCGCUAAGCGCCACGUCUACAGUGUCGACAAGGACGAGACCGUCGAGAAGCGCCACGUCUACUCGCCUGAUGUAGACGAAGCCCCCGUUGCCAAGCGUCAUGUCUACUCCGUCGACAAGGACGAGGUCGAGAAGCGCCACGUCUACUCCCCGGACGUUGACGAGACUCUCAACAAGCGUCACGUCUACUCUGUCGACAAGGACGAGGUCGAGAAGCGCCACGUCUACUCCCCGGACGUUGACGAGACUCUCAACAAGCGUCACGUCUACUCUGUCGACAAGGACGAGGUUGAAAAGCGUCACGUCUACUCGCCUGAUGUCGACGAGACUCUUAACAAGCGCCAUGUCUACUCCGUCGAUAAGGAUGAGGUUGAGAAGCGCCACGUCUACUCUCCUGAUGUUGACGAGGCCCCCGUUGCUAAGCGCCACGUCUACUCUGUUGACAAGGACGAGGUCGAGAAGCGCCACGUCUACUCUCCUGAUGUCGAUGAGGCCCCCGUUGCUAAGCGUCACGUCUACUCUGUUGAUAAGGACGAGGUCGAGAAGCGUCACGUCUACUCCGUCGACAAGGAUGAGACUUCCGCCUAA